UACCCGGCCCGAUAUUGAAUAAAGCCCAGCAAAACCCUGGGCGCUUAAACCAGGGUUUAAUUCCUAUACAAAUAUACACACACAAAGAAAUGUAUCUAUAGGUUGCAUCACAGUGCGCUCUCAGCGAUGCAGGCUCUUAAACGAGUGAAGGAAAUCUCGAACCUAGCUCGUGGAUCGAAACAUUGUUGCCGUGCGAAGUCGUCAUUUUCUGCUGCUUCAGCUCCUUGCGAUGCGCCAGUAGUUAAAAAGACAGGGAAACGGUUGCCUAUAGGCGAGAGACGCGCCAUGGUCAAAUCAUUUGUAGACAGGUAUCAAGGUGAAAAUUCAGGGAAGUUCCCGACCGUUUCUCAUGCUAAGAAAGAAGUGGGCGGAUCAUACUAUGUUGUGAAAAAAAUAAUGCAGGAGCUGGAAUAUAAUUCUAAGUUGUCGUCCUCAAAUGACGGGAAGGAAGUUUCAUCCAAAACAGAAGUGAGGAGUAGCUACUUAUCAUGUGGCUCAAACAGCGAUGCUGAUGAAUACAAACCAUCUCCUGAAACUUCUAUGCUCAUGACUACAGAGGAUGUCAAAGAGAUGACUAUAGAGGAUGUCAAAGAGGAAGAACAACAUAAACUUCAGCUGGAUAUCGAGAGCAUUCCAGAUGAAAAACCUAAUCAAUACUUUCAGCAACCAUUGCCUGAAGUUUCAAGUGCAAAGAAAUCUGAAAAUUCUAAAGAGGAAACAACCUGCGAGUCUGUGCUUGACGCUAACAAUUUAGAAAGCAGGAAUGAAGAAUAUCAACCAUAUCAUGAAUAUUCAGUUCCCAAGGUACCAAAGAACAGUAAAGAGGUAAAACCUAAUCAAGUUGUCGUUGAUAUGGAUGGUUCAGAGAGCAUAGCUAAGGAACAUCGAAAGUCUACAGGGGAAUCAAGUGAAAAGCAGACCUUAGAAAAGGUUCAGACAAAUUUAUCUAUCUGGGGGACUUUGAAGUCUGUUGCAGGAGAUCUUUUCAGCAUAUGGAGAAAGGGCUAAAAGUGUCAGCCUCACAGGACUUGAAACAUAUUAUGGAUCUGUUACAGCAUUAAUUGAUCACCAAAUGACGAGUCGAAGAGCAACUGUUGUCGGCUGGGUUUUAAAGCUCCGUUUUAAAAAAAAGAAUUAGAUUGUAGGAGGUUUGGUAAAAUUGUAAAUUCCGCGAAUCCUUUGUGUGCACCCAUAUUUUUAUUAUGGUCUACAUUAUUGAUCAGCAGGCUUAUGUGUAUAACAAAAGCAUAGGCAGAUCCUAGCAAUUAAAGACCAGAAGUUCUUGGACACAAUUUGUAGAAAAUACUAGACUAUGACUUGCAACAGAGGUAGCCAACCGGGCGGUCUGAGCAGUUUAGGCCGGCUGUUCCCGGAUUAGGCAGGUCACUGGUUAACCUAUAACCGGCCGGUUUGAUUAGCGGGCUGUGCGGGUCCGUUCUCUGAACUGGGACAUCUUGGCACGUAAGUUGGUUGAGCGUUGAGUGGUUCCUGGUUGGGCGGGUUGUGGGUUGAUGUCUUAAUAUUUUAAUCGAGUUUGUAUAUUUAAGAUUUGAAAUUUAAAAUUUAAACUUGUCUAAAUUUUUGAAAAAUAGUAUUAAAUUCUAUUUGAUUCUGAGUGUGUUUAAAA